AUGGUUUUCGUCCAAAUGAAUGAGAAAAGAAACAAAAACGAGUAUGUAGAAUUACCCCUCGUUGACAGCACGAGCUUCUUAAAUCAAGGAGGACAUGAAGCAGACCAUGAUGAGAAGAAAGACAACGGGGUGGAUAAAUUUAGAUACAUUUACGCAAAUGAUAUACUGGAAUAUAUUUUUUUUUCCUUGUGCUCAUCCGCCGGAUUUUCGAGCACCGAAAACUUACUUUACGCUGCUCAAGCGACAAGGCAGAACUUCUUAUCGAUAAUUGUGUUAAGAAAUUUGAUCUGUGUGCUGUUCCACAUGAGCUGUUCCGGAGUAGCUUCUUACAAUAUUGCCUCGCGAAUGAAUCAUAAAAGCAGGAACGGUUAA